UUGAAUGGGCCACGACCCAACCAGCCUGGGGAUUAUCUCGAUAUACCUACCUGAACACGAGUCCAGCGACUGCGACGACACUUAUCUCUUUAUCUAUGCUAAGUUCAGUUGAUGCUUGGCCCACAGGUGGACAAUACUACCGUGCAAUGGUGAUGAACGCAGAAUAAUUCAUUGACACCUUUAAGUCAAAAGAAGUAUGUUUAAAAUUAAUAAUAUGUAUCUACGUUGAAUCUCAGCCAUGGACUCCAGUUAACAAGAGUGUUUUUACUGCCACAGUGGACCGUGUUAUAGGGCGAUUCAGGUACUAAGUAAGUAGUUUCGUACAUGAACGUUUACUUCGGUGGACACGGGGACACUGCGAGAGACUAACGCCCCCCACUGCCCCCUUGUAGCAAUAUAGAGGAAGUUUGGACACUGCAUGGAAAAAAGGGAUGAAGGCGGAAGAGGAAUUCGAAGCGGCACGUGUUUUAAUUGAUGUGAGCCGUUAACAAUACGCACGUCCUGUACGGUUUUACACUGGGGCAGACACCAGGCGAUAAGUUCAGUGAUUAAGCGUGAAGACAAUUUUCAUCAUGCCCAAAGGAGGGAAUCUCUUUACGUUUCUUUCGAGGCUGCGAUGGCAGUUAAAAGCGACCCUUUUGUUUCUUCUUACUGCAUUGAUAGUGCGACUGGGAUGGGUCAUUCAACACACUGUGACGUCAUCAUAUCCUGUAGGUAAAUCUACGUCAGCCAAAUAUUUGAGCAAAAUGGCGUCAUCAAAUUACGCCAGCAACUUGGGAUAUUUUGAGUCCUCUAUUAGCCACAACGAAUCAGACGUACCUUUGAUUUUACAAUCGCCUGUCAUCAACAUGACAUCAUAUGAGGAAGCCGAUGAGGUGACAGUCGGGUCCUCAGGGGUGACGUCACACGAGAAAAUGAGUAAGAUAUCCAAGAAGACAGAUCCGCCUCAAUUCGAAAAUAUGAAAAUUACAUCACAUCCCGACGAUCUUACGACGUUGAGUUCGAAAACUGAAUGUAAGAACACGUGGAGCGUAAAACCAAAGGGAAAGCCAGCGUCAAAAAUUGUUUUUCUGAAGACACAUAAAGCCGCAAGUAGCACCGUCCAGAACAUAUUUCUACGGUACGCGCUUGAGCGUAACCUAACAAUAGCACUAGGUUUUAAAGAGCUAGAUUCAGCACAAUUAGGUUGGCCUCAUUUCUUCAGAAAGGACUUUGCCUAUCCCAGCACGAAGGGCACCUACGACAUUAUGUGCCAUCACAUGAGAUACAGUGAAAAUGUUGCCACUGUUAUGCCCUCAGAAACUAUAUACAUUACAGUCAUAAGAGACCCUGUACAGCUAUUCCAAUCAUACUUCUUUUAUUAUCAGUUAGAUAGGCAGUUCAAAAUAGCAGGAGAAACCGACCCAUUGGAAACGUUUUCUAAAAAUCCCGGAUUGUACGAGCACAAAUGGGAGAAAGUUUCUCCUGUAAGAAAUGUCAUGAUGUUUGACUUGGGAUUAAAGAAAGAAUAUAUGAACGACGAAAAUAUGAUCGAAGGUAAAAUUAAAGAAAUUGAGCAACGUUUCCACAUUGUCCUUAUUGCUGAAUAUUUUGACGAGUCACUGAUUCUCAUGAGGGACCUGCUUAACUGGAGCAAUCACGAUAUUCUUUACUUUAAACAAAACAUAAUGAGCAACACAACGAAGAGGACCAUAUCAGAUGCCACAAAACAUCGCCUAGAACAAUGGAAUAAGGCCGAUGUUAUGCUUUACCAGUAUUUCAUCGCCACAUUCUGGGCCAAUGCAAAGAAAUUCUGCUUGGAGAAGCUGGCUGCGGAGGUGAAUGCGUUCAGAUCUCAACUAAAGCAAUGGCAGUCAGAUUGCGUCUUGGACGUGAUUACCGGAAAUAAAAUGUACGAUCCUCUUUACAAAACGUACAACCCAAAUGCGCUCAGCUACCGGUUGAGGCCCGGUGGACACGGCAACGAAACUUGUGUAAAUUUGGCGAAAACAGAAAUAGCAUUCACGGAGGAAAUGCUUAAUCGUAUGAAGAAAACAAAAUCCUUGAACUUUGAUGCAAAUUAUGCCAUCACCAUUAAAAAGGGGUCUCCAGAAGAGAAAGAACUUUUAAAGCGAUUGGCGGCAAUUAAAGGCUGAUCUUUUUCGGUGGUUAUAUCAUUUUUUAAUUCCGAAAAAUAUAAACUAGUUUAAGUGGUUAUUUUCUGCAUUUAUUUCUUGGUGUUGUCAUUUGAACAUGUCACUCGUAGGAGUUCUACAAAAUAUGGCAAUGAAAUGAUUUUACGUUUGUGAUAAAAACUAAAAAUAUGACACUCUUAAUUACAAUGUAGCACAAUACACCAACUAAUUUAAAUGGCUGAAAAAACUAAAAUGUGGUUGUGCAGAUAUUAACCAAGUAACAUGUAAAAUUUCUUACAGAGAAUCUAAUCAAAAUUUUAUUCAUUUUUAUACACAAUGACAUGAUUUAUGGCAAUUUAAUAAAUUCAAGACUGAAGCUGAAAUUCAAAUAUAAGCUGUCACAGAGUGAUUCUAUGUUUCACUAAGAGGGCAAAUUAAGGCUCAAACUUAAAAGAACAACUGUUAAAUGAUUUCUUAGUUAACCAACAGCUAGAUAUACAACUUGUAUAAUUUCCAAUAACAUAAUUUAUCUUGCAAAGCAACUAAAUAGUGCAUACAUGUGUUAAAUAAAAUCUGAAUCAUAAAUUACUAAAUGCCAUGGAGCGAUUUGGUAUUAUUUUCUUUUAAUUAAUUUCAAUGACUACACAUGACAGACAAUACAGGGACAAAAAUUUUACAUGAUUUGUCAUGUAGCAAUUAAACUAUUGUGACUAUGUACAGGACUAUUUUCUGGGGAAAUUUUCUCAGCAAGCAUCUCAAACUAAAAUUACCAAAACAAAAUAUGAAGUAUUAAGAUUCCAAAUUGGGCUUUAAAAACAUCAACUGUAUGUAUUUGGUAAAAUAAUAAAA